AUGAAGGAAAAAUUCGUGUCUACAAGUAUUGAUGCAAAUAAUCAACUUGUGGAAUUAAAUCCAGAGCCCAGCAGCUUUCGUCCCAAACGCAAGAGAAACAGACCAACUGUUUCGUGUAUGAGUUGCAAAAGGAAGAAAAUCAAGUGCGACCGUAUGAAGCCCAUGUGUGGAGCCUGCUUGCGAAAUCAUAUGCCUGAUGGUUCGUGUGUAUAUGUUUCACACUAUCCAUCUAAUGCUCCCAGCGAGUCCAGAAACGUCAAACGCCGUCCAAAUAGUUCAGACAACUCAGUUUCGUCAAGUACUACAGGCACAAGCGAUGAGCUGCAUGCUGAUGACGCAAAGAGACCACCAGUGAAACUUGAAGAGGAGAAUAUCUCUAGUAACAUGCUGGAAACGUCACGUGAGGCAUCAUCUGAAAGUGGAUACCUUUCGAAUGAAUCAAGGCCUUCAGCACCGAAAAGCGAUUCCUCUGGUGUUCAUCAGACGGAUCGGAUCGAAGUGCUCUUGAAUGAGAUUGAUAGACUAAAGGCGAUCAUAUUUGAACGUACGAGUGGUUGGCUUCUUCCAAACUUUAAAAGCAAUAUCCGUGCGAAAGAUGUCCCGAUUCUUCAAGGAAUUCGGAAAGCACACCUUCGCAACUUGAGGCAUAUUUCAGAUCGCUGCGUUCGAAUCGAUGCUCCAAAUCAUUCCUGCUUUUUGGGACCGUCUAACUUCAGAUCGUUGAUGACGUAUGACCAUACCUUGACUAAGUUAACGCUGAAGUUCAAUCACAGGUUGGAACAGGAGAGAACUGACUGGCGAAACGCUCUUAAACCUAAGAAGUUUCACAAUGAGAUGAACAGGGUGCUUGGGAACUAUGCCAGAGAACAUUUUCAUGAGAAGACAGAUCCGUCAAAGGGUCCGGGAACACCUUAUCAAAGAGCUUUAAUCAGCUAUCUUGAACAGUACCUCGUCAAUUACGAUCUAUUCAUCAGCAUGCUUAACAAAUCUCUUGCUAUGAUGUCUUUUCUUUUGCCGAUUGUUCCGCAUAAGCUUUCUGAUCAUAUACUCAGCUUGAGGUUUCACCGUGACCAGAACACAAAUGGCGUCAAAAUCAACUUUAAUGGCCAGCCAAUAGUUUUCGCAGAGAUCGCUAUGAUUAUUGGCUGCUUGAAGUUCGGCUUUUCCGGAAUCGAUAGCCGGGAAAAUGCAUCAUUGGAUGCAAAGCUAACAAUCUACUCUGAAGAGGAAACAAACUUGUUGUAUUUCUUUACUACAAAGCUUUUGGAACAGGCGGAAUACAGAACGCAUUCUAGCCUUCCAUCGCUACUCUCUUUAAUCGUACUUUAUUUUAUUGCAUGCCGGAACGUUGAACGGUACGACUUGAUCACCUUCGAGAGCAUUCCAAGCUUUCAGAGUAUGACGGUUCAAAUGGCUAUUAGCUUGGGCUUUCACAGAGAUAUUGAUGAGACGAAGCCAACUUUGAGAAUGCAGGAUGGCCUGCACGAUCCUCAAACCUUAAUGACCUACAUUUCCUCGGGAGACUGGCAUGCAAUAUGGUGUUCUGUAAUGUAUUUGGAUACUCUUAGCUGUUUUGCUCUUGGUACUCCUUCUAUGGUUGGGUUUUCCGCUGACAGAUGUUAUGGAACAGGUCUCUUUAGUCCUACGAUCAGAUAUGUGAUUGGGGCUUAUAGGUCAGUCGUUCGUCUUAUUACCGGACCUUCACAUUAUGGAAAGGAUAAGAUUAACCGUGGUUCUUCGACCAGGCAGUUAAAUGCAUACUCAGUCACUUUGUUCCAGCUUGAGAAGCUUAUAUUUGGUAUUGAGAAGUUUAACAACACCGAACUACAGAGUUUCAGCGAUUUAAUCAAGCAGAUGAACUCGGCAGCUACGACUGAAGAAGUUUCAAAGACUGUCCUCAUAAUGUUGAUGAAGCUUAGAAUAUGUGCUCUUUUGCUUUUCCUUUAUAUUUACACCCAUAUUAUCUUCAAAGAUACGAACAACGAGCUCAUCAAGAUGGGAAGACUCUUUGGAAAGUCCUUGGGUGAAGUCGAGAUACUAGAAGCCCGUCUUUUGAAAAGAAGCUUGCGGUACUCGAUUGUCAUGCUUGGACUUUUGAACCAUCUUCUUCUGAAUAACUAUUCCAAGAAGACGACAGUGUUGGGAAUCUUCACCACUGAUAUUUCGAGUAUAUUUAUUAGGUGUUUGUAUGGACUGGCCAGUUAUAUUGCUGAUUCAUUUAAUAAGAGGAGAUAUGAGGAUCAGGUUAUCAUUAGAGUCGAUGACCUGAGCUUGGAAACCUUGGAGUUACUUGUUGAUCCGGAGAAUGAAAAUAAUCUCGAUCCAAAGAAGGCAAAGUUGUUUAAGGAUGGAAUGAGUAAAAUAGAGAAGUCUCUUGAACGUCCUGCUUCACUACUUCAUUACUUGAACAGCUUCUUCUACAAUUCCUCUAGAUCAACGAUUUCUCGUGACUAUAACUUUUUUGCAAGCUACAAGUACGUUUUUCUUACUUUAAGCUACAUGGAAAGCCAUCAUUUGACAGUUGAUACGUUUGAUGUUCAAAAAUUCUUGGAUCAGUUUAAGAAUAUUGAUAACUCCUGGUUCAAGAGUUAG